UCGUGUGUGAUUUUUAGUUACAGCAGCUCCAAACAAAACGAUGAGCGGUGCCGUGAUGUUGUUUGCCUGCUCCAAAUGCUUCUCGCGCCAUCCGUUUGAGGAGUUGUCUCCGGGGCAGCAGCUUUGCAAGGAUUGUCGUGGAUCGUUCCCGGUGGUCAAGUGUACCUACUGUCGCUCGGAGUUCCAGCAAACGACCAAGGGUAGCACGUCCGCUAUCUGCCGGAAGUGUGAAGCGAACGUGAAGCAGUAUGGAAAACCAUCGGCCUGCGAGCUAUGCAACAUCAUUGCCGCAUUCAUCGGAUCCAAAUGCCAAAGGUGUACAAACUCCGAGUUAAAAUAUGGACCAGCAGUAACGUGCGAUCAGUGCAAACAGCGGUGCGCCUUUAAUAGGCCCGAUUAUAAGGUUGAUGGCAAGCUGCUUUGCUGGCUAUGCACGCUGUCCUACAAACGUGCCCUCACGAAAGCCCGCCAGGUAGAGAGUGAACGGCGAAGGGCCAAGAAACGGGCGGCCGAAGGAUCGUUUCCGCCUCCACUGUCCGGUAGUGGAACGACCGGCAGCAGUGGAAGCAGCGAUAGGCGCGAUCGUAUGCACGACAAGAUGAGCAAUUCCGGCAGCAGUGGCGGUGGUGGACAGGGUAAUAGUGGAGGAAUGAAUCUACCGGGCGGCGGCAGUAGUAUGUCCGGUUUGCCACCACUGGGCGAUCUGAAUAUGGGCCUUGGACCGGGUGCGGCCGGUGGGACGGGAGUUGAUCGUAUAGAUAGUGGCGGUGGUGGAGGUAGCGGUCAAAGCGGUGGUGGACGAAACGAUAAUGGCCGACAUUCGUCAUCCUCCUCCAGCAAGAAGCCUCGCGCCGAUACGGGUAAAAUGAUGGUGCCGGAUAUGCCGACCGAUAAGCUGCUAAUGAAAAGCGCCAACAGUGGCAGCGGUGGUGGCGGUGGCGGUUACGUCGAUCCUCACAGCUCCGAUCACGUGAUCGCGAUGACGCAGCUGAAGGAAACGAUAGCAACGCUCCAGCGGAAGCUCAAACAGAAGGACGGAGUCAUACUGGAAAAGGAGAAGGAGAUCAGUGCCUGGAAGGGGAAACACUUUCAUCUCGAGCAGGAGCUGAUGAAAAAGUAUAAGGACAUGGAGAAGAACUACGAGUUCAAGCUGGACGUGCUCAACAAGAAGCUCAAGGCGCAGCUGCUCGAAAUUGCCGCCCUAUCGAAGGCAGUCAAGGAGCGGGACGAGAGCAAAAAGAAGAAGGCGGCAGCGGGCGGCUAUUUGGCCACAACAAAGCUAAGCAAGGUAAGCAAAUCGUCGGGCGAUUCAAAGGACGGCAUGGACCGGGAGAAAUCGGCAACUGCGAUCGGGCGUAGCGGUGGUGGUGGUGGUGGACGGAACCGGAUGCUUGACGACGACGAUGAUGACGAGGAGGAUGAAAAUGGUAGCAACAAAGAGGAUAAGGAAAAUGACAGCGAAAAGGGUUCGGAUAAGGGUGGUUCCGGGCGGAACACGCCCCGCGACAGUGGUAAGGAUAGUCCGCGUGAUGUGGAUUCGGGUAAGGAAAGUCCAAGAGAGUCGGAUAAGGAGGAGGAGAGUGAGAAGAAAUCCACGAAACAGCAGUUGCAGAAUGAAGACUCACAAAAUGCGUCCGAGCCGGCGAACGAAGCGUACGACGAACAACCGAACAAAGCGAACAAAAGCAACGGAUCCUCGACGAAGGACGAGGAAGACUCGGACAGGGAGGAGGAGAAGGAUGACCGCCGUAGUUCGGAUCGUGGUUCGGAAGAUGGGUCGGAGGCUGGUUCGGACCGUGGAUCGGAUCGGGGCGGAUCCGGUCGUGGUUCGGAUCGAAGUGACAACGAUUCGGACAAGGAAAGCGAUCGGGAGGAUCAUUCCGAGAAGGGUGGAAGCGAUAAAGAUAGUGACCGACGCGAUGGAUCUAGUAGUGGUUCCGAGAGUGAUCGUGAUUCAGAUUAA